AUGUGCAAAGUGAAUACGAAACAUGAUAAUCAAGCAACAGUUUGGCCACGAACAAGCUUGGUGGAGCUUGCUUUUGGAACGCUCGGUCAGCCAGAAAUACCAACUGUUCAAAUGAGGAACGCGUUGAAACUGCUGCUGUCUUACUGGGCUCUGCUUGGUACAGUAACAGCGUUGGAAGAAUUUCUAACCUCGGAGAGCCAGCAGCUGUUGUCAUGCGUGGAAACCCUCCUCAACCGGCAACUGCCACCCGGACACAGUCUCGUCGUGUCACUGCCGACAGACGAACGGAUCUCCAAUCACCGGACACUCGCACCCCGCGAUCACCACGCCAUCUACUUCGAGCUAAUCGAAACAAUGCUCAAGAACACCCAAAGAUAUUCAGGUCUCAGGUACUCUCAGGAGGACAAACCGAUCUUCGCAAGCUACAGGCAGGGUCGCAGUAAACUCGGUGAAAUGUGUGACAGUUCUGCCGACUGCCAUCGUGAGCGAAGGCGGCUCAAGGACGGGAAACCAAGGAGGAGGAAGAGGAGGCGGAGGCGGAGGAAGACGAGGAGGAAGAAGGCGGAGGAAGAGGAGGGGAAGGAAGAGGAGGCGGAGGCGGAGGAAGACGAGGAGGAAGAAGGCGGAGGAAGAGGAGGGGAAGGAAGAGGAGGUGGAGGAAGAGAAGGAGGAGGAAGACGAGGAGGGAGGCGGAGGAAGAGGAGGAAGAAGGCGGAGGAAGAGGAGGGGAAGGAAGAGGAGGUGGAGGAAGAGGAGGAAGAGAAGGAAGAGGAGGGGGAAGAGGUGGAGGUAGAGAAGGAGGAGGAAGACGAGGAAGAGGAAGAGCAGCAGGAGGAAGAUGAGGAAGAGGAGGUGGAGGAGGAGGAGGAAGAGGAGGUCGGAGGGACCUGUAUCUGUAGUUUAUAUUGA